CCGGCGCCCAGGUGCUGACGGGACCCCCACCCUCCCUCACCCCCAUCGCCCCCCGCAGACCCGAUCCGGCACCUGUCUGACAGCCGAUGACACCUCGCUUUUCAUCUAACCGUGUACCCUACUUCAAAACGUUGCACGUUUACUGUUCCCACACCGGAGCGGCCAGCGACAGCCAAGGAUUAAAUCACGACUAUGUGUUCGUGAGCCCCGUGGAGGUGGACUCUGAAGGCUUAUACCUGAGCCAUGACCUGAGCAGACACAGCCACCGCAGCAGAAGGUCCCUCUCCUCCCUCAGCCCCCCCUCCUCUCUGCACUACCACCUGUCCGCCUUUGGUCGGGACAUGCAGCUGGACCUGCGGCCCUCGUCUGUGGUGGGCCCAGGCUUCACUGUACAGACUCUGAGCGCUGACGGCGUCUCCACGGUGAAGGGGGAUCCUGCAUAUCACAACUGUCUCUAUCAGGGAAUAGUCCACAAUGUGUCAUCUUCAUCUGCUGCUAUUUCCACAUGUGCAGGCCUGUCAGGUUUGAUCCGGAUAUCUCAGGAGGAGUACUUGAUCUCACCACUCCCAGACCACUUGGCUCAAAAGCACAACUACAAUGCCCCGGAAGGCCAUCACCCUCAUGUGGUCUACAAGCGCUCAGCGGAACACAUUAUAAACCGCAGAUCUGCACCACCGUCUUCAGCCAAUUCCUCCAGAUCUGACAGCCCAUAUCACCAUGACCACCAUCAGCCCCACCACCAUGACGACCAGCAAGACAAGAUGCACUUCUGUGGACGCCGCAAGCAAUACGCUCCCAAGCCCCCCACUGCGGACCGCUUCAUCAUGCCGGACGAGUUUGCUGUGCCCGGGGAGGAAGGGGCGGGGAGGGCAAAGAGAUCGCCCAUCCUGUCCAACCGGGUGGGCUCCCUGAACGUGGAGACCCUGGUGGUGGCAGACAGAAAGAUGCUGGAGAAACACGGCCGAGACAACGUUACCACCUACGUACUGACUGUCAUGAACAUGGUUUCCAGUCUUUUCAAAGAUGGCACCAUUGGGACUGAUAUCAAUGUUGUGGUGGUCAGCUUGCUAUUACUGGAACAAGAUCCUGUGGGUUUGACCAUAAAUCACCAUGCAGACCAGUCACUCAACAGCUUCUGCCAGUGGCAGUCUGGGCUGAUGGGUAAGGGCGGAAAAAGACACGACCACGCGGUUCUACUCACUGGACUAGACAUAUGCUCCUGGAAGAAUGAGCCCUGUGACACACUGGGCUUUGCUCCCAUCAGUGGUAUGUGCAGUAAAUACAGGAGCUGCACCAUCAAUGAGGACACUGGGCUGGGCUUGGCUUUUACUAUAGCGCAUGAAUCUGGACACAAUUUUGGGAUGAUCCACGAUGGAGAAGGAAACCCAUGCAGAAAGACUGAAGGCAACAUCAUGUCCCCCACACUCGCUGGAAACAACGGGGUCUUCUCGUGGUCGACCUGCAGUCGGCAGUACCUGAGCCGUUUCCUUGGAACAGCUCAGGCUUCCUGUCUGGUGGAUGAGCCGAGGCAGAUUGGCCAAUACAAGUACCCUGAGCAACUCCCGGGACAGCUUUAUGAUGCUGAUAUACAAUGCAAGUGGCAGUUCGGGGUCAAAGCCAAACUUUGCAGUCUAGACUUUGUGAAGGACAUCUGCAAAUCUCUGUGGUGUCACCGCACUGGGCAGCGCUGUGAAACCAAGUUCAUGCCAGCAGCAGAGGGCACCACCUGCGGCCCCGACAUGUGGUGUCGAAGGGGACAGUGCGUGAAGUACGGGGAGCACGGUCCGAAGGCGAUCCAUGGACAGUGGUCCGCCUGGUCCGAGUGGUCCGAGUGCUCCAGGACGUGUGGGGGAGGGGUCAUGUAUCGGGAGCGCUCCUGCAGCAGUCCAAGGCCACAGAACAAUGGUAAAUUCUGUGAAGGAUCCAGUCGUCUGAACCAGCUCUGCAACACUCGCCCGUGUCCUCCCAGUGCACUGGACUUCAGAGCCCAGCAGUGCGCAGAAUAUAACAGCAAACCUUUCAGAGGCUGGUACUACAAGUGGAAGCCCUACACCAAAGUGGAUGAUGAAGACAUAUGUAAGCUUUACUGCAUCGCUGAAGACUACGACUUCUUUUUCGCCAUGUCCAGCAAAGUCAAAGAUGGUACUUCCUGUUCUGAACACAAAGGGGAUGUCUGCAUUGAUGGAGUCUGUGAGGCUGUAGGCUGCGACCAGAUGUUGGGCUCCAAGGCCUCCCUGGACGCUUGUGGGGUGUGUAAAGGUGACAACUCCUCGUGCAAGUUCUUCAAGGGCCAGUACACGCUCCAGCACCGAGCAAAUGAGUACUACUCCAUGGUCACAGUCCCAGCUGGCGCUCGCAGCAUCCGCAUCCAGGAGAAGGAGGUUUCCACCAGCUAUCUGGCAGCUCGCUCACUCAAGAGGAAAUACUACCUGACCGGGGACUGGACCGUUGACUGGCCAGGGAAGUUCCACUUUGGCGGGACAGUGUUUGACUACCAGCGCUCUUUCAACAAGCCGGAGAGCCUGUACGCGGCUGGACCCACUAAUGAGACGCUUGUGUUUGAAAUCCUGCUCCAGGGCAAAAACCCGGGCGUAGUGUGGGAGUACACUCUGCCCCGUACGGAGAGGAAACCGGACUACAGCUGGGGCGUGGUGCGCUCUGACUGCUCCGCUCCCUGUGCUGGAGGCCGGAUCUCCACCAAGGCCAUCUGUCUGCAGGACCAGAAGGUGCAGGUCAACUCCAGCAUGUGUAAUCCCCACACCAAACCCACUCUGGGCUCACAUCUGUGCAACACUCAGCCCUGCCCUGCCUACUGGUCAGCCGGAGAGUGGGGAGCGUGCAGCCGUUCGUGUGGAGGGGGGCAGCAGACCCGGGUGCUGCGCUGCCACAGGAGGGUCACCUAUCAGAGGGAGGAGACCGUGGUUCAGUCUCUGUGUCCUGUCAUGUCUCCAGCCCAAGUCCAGCCCUGUAACACUCAGGCCUGUCCCCCCGAAUGGAGCACAGGGGCAUGGUCACAGUGCUCCAAGACGUGUGGUCGAGGUAUGAGGAAGAGAAGUGUGUUCUGUCGGAGCACAGAUCCUGGAGCCUCUGCGGUGGUGGUUCCUGACAGUAUGUGCAGACAGCAUCACAGACCUAAAGCCCAAGAGAUCUGUGUCCUGCGGCGAUGCCCCAAGAGUGACAGGCUGCUGUGGACCCCGACUACCUGGGGAGAGUGCUCCAGGUCGUGUGGCUCUGGGGUCCAGAAGCGAGAGCUGCAAUGUGGGGAGAGAGACACUCGUGGAGGGUUUGUGGAGCUCCCCUCUCGACGGUGCAGGAACAUGGCCAAACCCCUGCUUGACCUCCAGCAGCCCUGUAACCGUGGAGCCUGCCCUGAGCCGCCCCACAUCAGUCCAGGCAGACCCCCAUCCAGCACCAUGGUCUCCGGAUGGUCCUCUCCAUGGCAACAGUGCUCUGUGUCAUGUGGUGGAGGGGUCCAGACUCGACUGGUCCAGUGUCUGCGCCAGGGUCGGCCCACAGCUGGCUGCCUGCCUCACCAGAGACCGGUCACUUCCAGAGCCUGCAACACUCACUUCUGCCCCGCUGUGCCCCCUAUGCCCGGACACAGGCCCCCGUGGGUCACUGCAGCCGCUCCUCCUCGCAAAGAUGAACACUGUGUGGACCUGUUCAGCUGGUGCCACUUGGUUCCUCAACACGGCGUAUGUAACCACAAGUUUUAUGGACAGCAGUGCUGCAAGUCAUGCUCCAGCAAACGACACUAGCACACAGUGACAGAGAGCAGCUGCUGCCCAAGCAUCAUCCCCGCUCUGAACAGUGGAUCAGACCCACAGCACAGGACUGUCUCACAGCUGUGUUCUUCCUGGAAUACUUGACUAAUCCAUUUUUUAGAAGGAGAGAGACCACAUAGACUUUCUGCUAAGAAAAGCAAAAUGGCUGCUGGUGCUCACUUUUGAAAGACAUUGCACUGGAAUAGAAAAAUCGAUAUGUCAGAGUCGGACACAAUGUUUCUACGUAUAGUAAGCCCUUUUAAAUAUGUUCCUAUUGAACCCUCUAAAACAAGCCAUUCAUGACAGUAGAGGACGGACUUUCCUAAUAUGUUGUGAAAGGGUUUUGGUGCCAUACACCUUUAUUUAAGUUAUUACAGUCUGUAUUGUUAAUGAGAUCAUGUGUCUGUGCUAUGUUAUUGUG